AUGGGCGACCCUUGGAAAGAAACCAUUCGUGACAUGGCGAAAUGGCUAAUGAAAGACCACCCCUUCAUGUUUGCGCAUAUACAAGGCCAACCAGCAAUCGCAAAGGCCAUCAAAGUUCCUCUUUUUCUACAAGAUUCUUUUUGCAGAUCGAAUUCAAACGCGGAAAUCAUCCAUAUCACAAACGCGACAAAGAAGGAUCAAGUUUUCAAGGAACGCGAGAAGCUCAAAGCCAACAUGCGUCUCACCACACAAUCCGCGAAAAGCAUCAGAACCAUGGAUUACGUCGAAGCAACAAAUAUGUUAAAGACUGCUCGUCGGGAGAAUGAUUGGUACCUUCCAGACCUUGGCAAGAACGCUUGUGCUGUUGUUGUCAUCAUCGAGGCAGACCCUGACUAUUCUGCCGAUUGCCGCAUGCGCUUGAUGACAAUGUCAUGGGAAGGCGUCCACGAUAUAACAAAAGCUAUUUGGAACUAUUGGCCCGCAGCCAAGGAACCCUUUCGAGAAUACAUGCUGCCAUCUGUGCCGCGAGGCGGGGGGAAACUCAUCUCAAACUCACAAAGCAAAAGUGAAGCAUCAGAAAUGAUGAACUGGGUGAAAAGAGUUGCCCCUGAUGGCAAACAUACUUGCAUCAGCUUCAGAAGACCGACGCGACUUGAUGACUCCUGGGAUCGGUGUUACCAACAUCAUCAUCAAGGCCUAGACUCCGCAAUAAAACCUCUACGAGCACUUCUAAUUGACCUUGACUUCAAAACUGCCGAAAGGAUCCCCGACGCAGGCAAGCCUCAUCUCAUUACGAGCACCACCCGCCGCAGGCUGAUCUUUGACCUCGAGACACGACAGCCCAUCACCGUCACCACAAAAUGCUCAACUUCCGAGGAGAAGCAACAGAUGAGUUGGGUGAAUCGCUUCAGCGGAGAGAGCACAAAUAUAUAUACACAGCCAGGGUUCAGCUACGGGACUAAGAACCCUCGACGCAUGAGAUUUGCAGAUGAUCAGAUUGGGGGUUUCUUGGCAGCUUUGAGCGAGUUGGAUAAAUGGCCUCUCGGCAUUUCCAACGUCAUGCCUCUUUUUGAUCCCAGGGGAGAAGAAUCUCAGAUCGCCAUCGAUAUUGGAGAACGACUCAUCCGGCAAGGUAUCCUUCAACUUGAUCCCACGUCAACCAUAGGGUUUUCACUGGCUCUCCCCAAUGGAACACAACGGGCUUUCUACAAUAUUCUUCCCCUUGUUGAUUACGACCAUCGCCUCGCGCUCUUUCUGAGUAUCAAGUCCAAGAACGCUGUGAUCAACACAGCAAAAGCGCAAAUGGCUGCGAUAAUCUCGGGGAGUAACACGAACUGUUUUGCAUUUGUCUAUAAAACAGCCCCUGAGGUCCAUGAAACCAGUGACGCAGCCCGGAUUGGUCUCUUCAAGCAUGUCGCACAUGCUGGUACUGUCAUGAAGGGCAUUGGACUCAUAAAGACUGCGAUAAGCGCCUCACGCUUUUCUAUGCUCUUUCCAGAGAUUUAUAUCGUUGAUAAGCAGGUUCGUGUUUACAUGGACGAAGUAAAGCACGUUAUGGAACGAUGCAGAGUGCUACUGCAAGUCCUCAAGACGUGCGGUUACAGUGUCUAUGAAGCUUUACCGUUUGAACAGGAAGAACCAGAGGCUAUCGAAUUCGAUGUAUUCAUGGAAGUCUGGGGCCAUCUCCUGAGAUCCUAUACCUACCAAAUUGCCCUCGUCACAGUCAAUGAAGACGGCGAUAUUUCUAUAAAGGAUCUUGUAUCUCAAACACCGAUGGAAGCAAGUUUCGAGGUCCGGCAUAGUUUCGAAUGGGAGACCAUCCCGAAGGACGAGUGGGACUACGCUGUGGGUAUUUACACGAGAGCUGUUCGUGAGCGGGGGAUGACUACGAUUAAAGAUUGGAAUUGGAUCCCGCCCGAGGUUUGGGAGCGCUGGGGUUCGGGGUUGCCUGGGGGGGUUAAAGGGUUGCGAACCAAGUUGGAGUUGGCCAAGAAUCACGAUGAGGUUGAUGAUAAAUGA